GCUAGGGUUCUUCUCUGUAAUUCGCUCGCCGGCAUAAAAGAGGAGGAAGAAGACACCCAGCAUCAGGAGUGAAAAUGAAGGGACGCCAAGGAGAGAGAGUUAGAUUGUAUGUUCGAGGAACUGUCCUCGGCUACAAGAGGUCGAAGUCAAACCAAUACCCCAACACUUCUCUCAUCCAGAUUGAAGGUGUGAACACUACAGAGGAGGUUAAUUGGUACAAGGGAAAGCGUAUGGCUUACAUCUACAAGGCAAAGACAAAGAAGAACGGUUCCCACUACCGUUGCAUCUGGGGCAAAGUCACUCGGCCUCAUGGUAACAGCGGUGUUGUCCGUGCCAAGUUCACUUCAAACCUACCACCAAAGUCUAUGGGAGCUAGAGUCAGAGUGUUCAUGUACCCCAGCAACAUAUGAGGAGAGUAGAUUCAGGACCUGUGUUUCAUUUCACAAGUAUCAGAAGGAAGCCCCCUUUAUCAUUGCUCAAAAGCUAUAGUUUAUCCUUUUAUUCACAUUUUGUCGUUAAAUCCUCUGUCGGUUUCGUUCAUCUCUAGACGAAAUAAAACAUUAUUUUUGAUGGAAUUCGAGCAGAAAAGAAAUUAUCCAAAUGAGUUCUUUAAUUGUUUUUUC